UUCCGGGUUGUGGCUGGGUUCCGGUUCCAUAGCUGGCGAUGGCGGAUGUUGUUGAGAAUGACAGCAUGAAGAAUUAUCAAAUAGCGUCUGAGAAAAUCAACCCGGCGGAUUGUCGCUAUCCUUAUUGCAUCGUCUGGACACCCAUCCCCGUUUUGUCAUGGCUGUUUCCAUUUAUUGGUCACAUGGGAAUCUGCACUUCCACUGGAGUCAUCCGGGACUUUGCUGGACCCUACUUUGUCUCUGAAGACAAUAUGGCUUUUGGGAGACCUACAAAGUACUGGAUGCUUGAUGUAAGCAAAGUGUACACGAGUGGCUCUAAUGCCUGGGACAGAUCAGUCCACGAUGCCUCUGAGGAGUACAAACACAGGAUGCACAACCUGUGCUGUGACAAUUGUCACUCACAUGUCGCCAUGGCGCUGAAUCUGAUGCAAUAUGAAAACAGCACGUCGUGGAACAUGGUCAAACUCUGUCUCCUCGCUUUUAUUCAUGGAAAAUAUGUCAGCUGUGUUGGCUUUUUGAAGACCUGGCUGCCUUUCAUGAUGCUCGUAGGUGUCAUCCUUACAGUCGCCCUGGCUCUGAACCUCUGAUGACUCAGCGCGGUGGGGUAAGGACAUAGUGGGACUCCGCUGAGGCGUUUGGACACCAGUGGAAGGAGGCGUCAUCACACUGUGUCAAACAAACGUAACCAAGGAUGUGAACACCGCUCACAGCCAGGAGUGGGUUAUUAGUGUUGAAGCGAUAUCACAUUAGGGAUGGUCAUCUGUUUGUAACCAUCCACUCUGAGACUCUUAUUCUACGUCUGCGACCACAAAGUCCUCACCAUCUGUGCUGUCAUACAAACAGUUUCAAAACACCUCUAUAUAGUUGAGUUUCUAGAGAAACGUGGUUUGGCGGGAUAUCCCAUGAUUCAGUGCUUCCAGACAACUAUUAUUUCCUCUGAUGGGCUCAAACGUUUCAUCAUUUGGUGUUCUUUUUUUCUUGCAUUUCCUGCUUGAUUCUAAUCCUACUUCUGACACUUAAAUUAAAGGUCCGGCGUGUAUUCUCCUAUUUGUCCCGAGUUUGUUUAGCUGAUAUAUUAUUACACAGUGCAUCAAGUAAAGGAAAUAUUACUGGGAAGUAUUGUACAUGUUUGAUUGCAUGGUAAUAAUUGUAAGUGUGUCCUAAACACUGUUUUCUUUUCACCCUUAUCUUUUUUCCAUGAGAAACCCAACAGUCAGUGCCUAAAGAUCGCCUCUGUCACAGAUCCUUUUCAUGUGCUGCGUUUUCAGUUUUAUGGUUUUAAAAAAACUCAACUCUGCAUAGUGGCUCGCACUCUAAAUCCGUCGUCAUGGUUUCUGUAAGCAGACCCAAAUCCUAUCAUUGUUUGCAACCAGAGGGAGAAGAAAGUGUUGAGCCCUCUCUGUGUGUGUGUGUGUGUGUGUGUGUGUGUGUGUGUGUGCGGUGCUUCCAGGAGCAGCAGGUAGCCAGAAUCCUCAGGUUUUCCAUGCGAUCCUUACUUUCCCCUCAGUGGCUGAGCAGCAUCGUUCCUGCCAGAGAUGGAGUACUUCUGUCCUAGACGGGGAUUUAAAUCACAUUUAAGAGUCUUGUGACUAGACUCAAGGAGCAAACCAAUGACUUCCACUUGGACUUGCAAGGUUAUGACUUAGCCUUAGACUUGAACUCUGACUUGUACACGUGUCCAUGUGCAUGAUACUUCAGCCUUCUUGCCUGCUGGUGGUGGUCGGAGGGACCAGUGAUACCUUCACUGUAGCUCAUUACCUCCAGUGUGUGAAUGGGUGUGAUUGUUGUGUAGCACCUUGGGGAGCUCAAUGAACCUAGAAGACUUGUAUAAAUACAUGCCAUCCACUAUCACUACAUUACCGCUGAUGUGUUGGGUUGAGGAGAUACUUUAAUAGAAUAAAUGGCACAUAAAUACAGCUGCGAAUAAAAUAUCCACAAACCUAAUGGGACAACAUAAAUACACUGCCCAGCCAAAAAACUAAAAUAUAAUUGCCCAUGCAGUAAUUAUCCAACAGGAGGCUCGUUCCUAUUGGCUUGGUUAAAUCCAGGUGGUGACCUUUUUUGCCAGGCAGUGUACGAUCCCAUAUUCAAUCUCAGCUUUUCUGAUUAUGUUAACUGUAAUGCUGUUGUGUGACUUUUUUCCCAGCUCCAACCUCUGAGGUAAAAAGAGUGCAGCAUUAUAUAACAAGCUAGCAUUAGCAUGCUAAUUUCACCAUAGCAAUUUGGCCUGAUUUUCUGGGUGCAAAUGUAACAAGUGGCAUUUGAAAUUGGAUGAUGGACUGGAAGAUUCUUGGACUUGACUUGGCCUGCGUGACCUGACUGUCUACUUUGACGAAUCCUUUGUGACUUGGACUAGGACUUAGACUUGAACACUUUGAACUAGAGAGAUGGUGACUUCUCUUUAGGGCGGACUUCAUGGUAAUUGUCAAAUAUCAGCACUGCUUCUUAAAGCUUUGAAAAUAUGCCAACAAGCAUCCAGUAAUGGUCCAAAGUAAGCAUUAGUUCAGAGAAAGUGUGUCUGAGGUAAGGCUGAGUACAGUACCAGUACCACCAGUGACCUACUGGGACUCUGGUUUGUUUUUGUUAGACUAAUCCUCGUCUACAUCAGGUGCUCUUCUUAAAACUUUAUUUCAUCACUCAGCCUAUAGACUUUUAUUAUUGCUGUACUGUUUUUACUCCACUUUUGCUUACCCUUUGAUUUGUGCCUAAAGGUGUGUGCUGCUUGUUCACAGAUGGGGGGUGGGAAGAAGCAUGCAGUUGCAUGAACAUAUUUUUGUGUUGCCUGCUUGCAAAAAGAUGAGCAAAACAGUUUGAGAGUUGUUCGAGGUUAACUCGAGGCUGAGGCUUCCUUAAACAGACAGAAAUUUAUCUUUUGAUUAAUGUUUGCCUAUAAAAUAUCAGCUUUUCUUUGAUGGCUGUGUGACUUAAUGAUGGAAGACCGGAUAAAAAAGUGUUGUCGUGUUGGUUGAAUAUCUAAGUGUGCUCAUUCCAUCACAUUUUACAUUCGUGCUCAGGUAGCGAGAGAGCGGGACAUCUAGUCUAAAAAACAAAACAAUGUCACACCUGUGGUAGUUUUAUUUACUCUGAAAAUGUCAGCUAAAUUAUCCAUGACUGGAAUUUAGAAAGCAGCUCACCCAUUACAGCUCAGGCUCAUGUAUGUAAAAACAUGUACAAAAUAAGUUUUUUAUGGGAAAUCAUGCACAAGAAUGCAGCGCUGAGUGGAUGAGUCUGAAACGGUUUUAGAAAUCACCUGCUGUGGCGUCUUGUCGUAUCCAGGAGCCCGGUCCAGGAAUGUAGAAACCUGUGGUCCCGCCAGUCGGGUCUCCAUUAUCAGUGCCACUAUCUACACUAACGUUAGUCUGCUGAUUCCCGACUCCUUCUGUUUCUCUAAUCCUUCAGAUGUUGUUUCAUGCUGCAGAUCACAAGGCAGCUUGGGAAUCAACAAAUCCUGCAAGAAGCAACUGUGAACUCUGAAUGUGUUCAUGGCUUAAAGUUGUAAUACCAAUAAAGAUGUUUAUUAUUGUA